GGGGGUUGACACGACAAAAGUUUCGUCACGUGUACACAUUGUUCCUGGGUCUUCACCAUGGCAUCACUGAUGGUAACUCCAACAUGAGGAUUUGCGGUUUUCUGGUUCAGAUUCUUGAAGCCGUACUUGGGAGGAAGGAUAUCGACGACGCGGAACAAUUCGGCGUCUAUGUUUCUGACGAGAGAACGCAGAGGCUGCUGAAGGAGUAUGUGGCCUCCCUGGAGGCCGACCCUGAACUCAGGCGCAAAGUGGUGGACGAGGUUCAAUCUCGCUACGGAAAAUAUUCAUUAAUUAAAUCGACUUUCAAGGGAGUAGGAGAGAAAGUGGCUCGGACGGGGGUGUUGGAAAUGAACUUAGAUACUGAUUCCACGAUGGCUUUCAUCAAACGUUGCCGAGCCGAAGGCGUCACCGUCAACUCGGCUUUCAUAGCUGCUACUAGCGUCUCAGUUGUCGACCUCCUGGUGGACGGAGGCCUUGAGCAGGACACGUACGAUAUUCGCAGCGACCAUGUCCUUAACGCCCGCCGGUACUGGAGCGGCGAUACGUCUCAGUACCUCGGGUGUCACCUUCUCCCCCUUUUGCCCGUGGUCGCUAAGACGCCGCGAAAUAUCACAGGAAAAUUCUGGGAGUUUGCAAGAUCCGUCCACAAGGAACUUCAGAAGAAGUUCAACGAAGGCGGACCUCUCCUUGAAGAAGCAGGGAGGCACUUCAUGCCCGCAAACACAGACUUUGAUCCCACUUUCCAGUACGAGUUCUGUGUGACCAACAUGGGCAACGUGACGAGUCUGUUGACGGAAGGCGGCGACAACGUCCAGGCUCUUCACGUCAUUAGAACUGUAGCUAUGAAUACUGUUCCCUGCACCUGGAGUAUCCUGCUCCACACCUUCCGCAGUCGGCUGAUCCUUGCUCUCACGUACAACACGUCCUUCGUCAAUUCUGAAAUGGCGAAGAAAUUCUGCGACGGGAUCUUCUACCGCAUUAAGGAAGUUUUAUGAAAAUAGGACACGAGAUGAAAAUUUUGUGAAACAAUAUGAUUUUCCCAGAUCAUUCACAUUAGCUGUUAAUUGUCAAUAUGCUUUUUCACACUCACACAUAUAUGUGUGUGUGCAUAUAUAUAUAUAUAUAUAUAUAUAUAUAUAUAUAUAUAUAUAUAUAUAUAUAUAUAUAUAUAUAUAUGUAUAUAUAUAUAU